AUGGCGUCAUCUUCUAGAAGAUCCACCUGUACGGUGCUGACUUCGCGGCGAUCGAUCUCGGCGGGCGACGGAUCCUCCGCCUUCGCCUCCUCUUCUUCGAGCUUUGCAGCCUGGUCACACGCCUCAUUCUUACACCACGACUACCAGCAUCACCGUUCUGCCUCCCCCACCCGCGUCCACCUCCUGGGCACCGCCUAUACACCGGCCCCGGGCGUCCGGUUCACCAUCGACCGAUCCACCUCGCCCGGCCGCUCCCUCGCAACCGCGAACAAGCGCUCCUCGGCAUCCGUCCGCCGCACCUGCCUUUGCUCCCCUACCACUCACCCCGGAUUGUUCCGCUGCAGCCUUCACAAGGGCCUCAGUUCCCGCUCCGCUGUCGUUUCCGCCCCGUCGAACUGCCUCAAUGCCCGCCGUUCCGCGAUGACGAACUCGCUGGUACGAAUCGGGACCGUGAGGGCGACUGGGUGA